CACGUUUGUUGUGUGUUUCAGGCGGAGGAGUUGAACAGUAUCGUGGGCAAUGCGUUCCGUAUGGCGUAUGCGGCACAGCUGCAGCGACAACCCACGUUCCAUGACGUGAUUGCUUCUCAGCUACAAGACAAGUCGGCCACCAAUCAGAUAAUCAGCUGGCCCAAGCAGAUCCCCGGAUCGGUAACCGACAACAUGGAGACGAACGUGACGUCGAGCUCGCCCACCUUGUUGUUACACAAGUCCGCACCACCCUCGUCCAUACCCGGACUGCGGAGCUACCACACGCACACGCACACGCACGGUCACUCGGACUCUACGCACAGCACGCCCAGCAGCGAGGAGAGCAACUCGCCCACGGAGCUCAACUCGUACAAGCGUCUGGGCGACAAGCCACCCCUCAUCAAGCGACUGGCGAUGGGCCUCGCGAACACCCCUCCGGAGGAAGACCAUUCCCCGCUGGUCGAACCUCUAGCGGACAUCUUGCCUCCCCAGAGCAUAGUCCGCGACAACACCGUCAAACACAUAGAGAUUGACAACAACAGGUUAUCGCAAAGUUCACCGAGCAGCACAGAAACGGAACUGAAGUCUAAGCGGAUCUCUCAGAUCAGCAGUUCGAGUAGUUCUGUGUCAGGUACAGCACCGACGGACAGUUCCACACCUCCCCCUCCCCUCCCACCUGAGAGGACGGAUAGUCUCACCAACAAACCGGAAGAAGGAGAGUUGAGGACAGCACCAUGGUUCCAAGCAGGGAUACCAAGGGAGAUUACACUAGAAGUACUGGGACAGGAGCCUGUGGGAGCGUUCAUGGUCAGGGAGAGCACAAGCAAACCGGGCUGCUUCGCUCUGUCACUCAGGGUCCCCAGAGAGUUCCAGCCACUCGGCAUCGCUCACUACCUUAUUCUUAGGACAAAUAAAGGCUAUAAAAUUAAGGGGUUCACAAAAGAGUUCUCCACACUGACUGCACUGAUAACUCACCACUCCGUGAUGCCCGAGCUGUUGCCGUGUCCGCUGUCGCUGAGUCGGUACAACCCGAGCUUCGUCAAGUCCGACUCAAACAGAGACUUUGCCGACAUCGACUCCGACCCUGACUACAAUACUCUGGCCGACUUCCGCAAGAUGAUGGCAGACCUCAAUGUUUAGUGUUGUCACAGUGAAGAACUAUAUAACUAUUUUUUAGUUUAAUUUCUUAUGAACCAAAGUCUACGACUGGAAGAUCUAUCGGAAAACGUUCAAUUAAUUGUUCUUUUAACCACAGUUUAUAAGUCCGUAAUUUUUAUUGGUUAUCGGUGAGAGCUAAUAACUACAGUUUCGACAAUUUACAGUAAUUAAUAAACGUAACUUUUUUUUUGUAAAUGUUCAUCGCUAUUUAUGGGUGAUGUACGUAAAUUACGUUGAUGUAGUAUGUGUUUAAACACGUUAUUUCACUUGUUUCGCUUUACAAUGCUUGUUAAAUGUUGGCUGUGUAUACUUGAAACUGAAGCUGCUAUGUUACACUUCCUAUUUACUAAGGAGUAAGUGUUUUUUGUUUUGUUUUCUACUACUUCUGACAUUUUUAUCUCAUAUCGAGUAGAUUUUUUUACUGCUGUUAGUUAAGUGUGUCCAUGUAAUAUAAACUGACCAAAUCGAGACACUAGAGUUAUGUUUUAUUAAUACAUUUUCAAAGUUGCCUAGUCUUGUAUAGAUAUCGCUGCAGUGUAAAUAAACCACUUAUAUAUUGAUUUAUAUACGUUUA